AACUAAAACAUGGACGGUAACUGAAUCCAGCUGUAGUUCCUUAAUGGACGUACGGAAGUCAGUCACCAGGGGGCAGUCUAUAUUUUUUUGUUUCUAUUGUCCAUCUUAAUACUUGUAUUAGUCCUGAGCGUGGCGCCAUGGCCCUGGGCUAGUCUGGAACCAUGGAAGUGCUCAGUACUGGACACUUUGAAAGAGGACCUGCUGCUGAUUCUGAGCACAUUUUAAGACUCUACUCGGUUUAUUUUGCUUUUCCAUUGUGGAUAGUACCUGGUACCAGGUACUUUUUGUGGUACCUGCUCUGGCGAGGUUCCAAGCGAGCUGAGCCGAUACUGAAAUGUGACGUCAACAGACUGCCGGACUGAUUGGAGUGUCGUCACUGGAAGUCAUGAGCAAGAAUCAAAACUGCCAUCUUUAAAAAACAAAAAACAAAGAACAAACUGGCAAGCAGAUACGGCUGCUGUCCACAGAAAUACACUGUGGUCUGUCAACGUGGUGCAGACCCUGCUUUGUUUGGUAGCUGACAAGAGGAUCCAGAGAGAGCUGGACCCAAAACAACGUCACGGCAGUUUUGUGCAGCCGUGCUAUGAUGACCCCGCCCACGUUGAGUAGCCUAUGAGCUGUCGUGGGCCCUUCCUCGUUACACACCCAGCGGGGCUUUAAAAAGGAAGGGCUGGAGGUCUUAGCAGCCACACUCUCUCUACGCCUGUGUGUCUGCCUGUUGGACUCGGUGUGCUGCUCCAAAAAAAAGCGGCUGUGUCAACCUCUUCAGCCUCCAGGUUGCUUGGAUCAAUGAUGCAUAAACCGCAGCACGGGGCCCCCGAUCUCAUGCUCAUCCUCCUGUGCCCCAUCCUGCUGGCUGUGGGCCGUGCUGCUGUGGAGAGCCAAGCACUGCAUGAACUGGAGAAGGAACCAGCUUAUUGGGAUGCUCAGGCAAGAGCGACACUGGAUGCUGCACUGAAACUCCACCCUCAGAAUCACCGGGCCAAGAACAUCAUCCUGUUCCUCGGGGAUGGAAUGGGUGUGUCUACUGUGUCGGCAGCUCGGAUCCUGCGGGGUCAGAUGGACGGUGGUUCGGGGGAGGAGACGCUUCUGGCCAUGGACACCUUCCCAUAUGUGGCUCUGUCUAAGACCUACAGUGUGGAUAAGCAGGUAGCGGACAGUGCCAGCACAGCCACGGCCUACCACUGCGGCAUCAAGGCCAACGCUAAGACAGUAGGCCUCAGCGCUCACGCAGUGGCCUACGAGUGUAACACCACCUUCGGCAACGAGGUCUACUCAGUUUUACGACGUGCCAAGGCACAAGGUAAAUCAGUUGGUAUUGUGACGACCACCCGUGUCCAGCAUGCCUCCCCAGCUGCGGCCUACGCACACUCAGUCAGCCGCAGUUGGUACAGUGAUGCAGAUCUCCCUUUCAGUGCGCGCCAACAGGGCUGUGUCGACAUUGCCACCCAAAUGGUCACCAACGUUGACAUUGAUGUGAUCCUGGGGGGAGGGAGGCUCUACAUGACACCAAAAGGCACACCAGACCCAGAGUAUCCUACCUCCAACUCUCGAAAGGGGGACCGCAGAGACAAGAAGAACCUCAUUGACGUGUGGCUGAAUGCUAACCCGGACAAGAGGUCACACUAUGUGUGGCACAGGAAAGAGUUUGAUGAGAUUAAUGUUAAAACUACUGACCGGCUCAUGGGUCUGUUUGAGCCAAAGGACAUGAGGUUUGAGGUUUUCCGCAACAGCACACGAGACCCUUCCAUUGUGGAGAUGACGGAGAAGGCCAUAAAAAUCCUCAGCAAGAAUCCCAAAGGAUACUUCCUGUUUGUGGAAGGAGGGAGAAUUGAUCACGGUCAUCACGAUGGCAUUGCCAAACUGGCCCUGACAGAGGCUGUGAUGUUUGACCGAGCAAUUCAGCGUGCUGCACAGCUAACCAGAGAAUCUGAUACACUGACUGUGGUCACUGCUGACCACUCGCACGUCUUCACCUUCGGCGGUAACACACCUCGAGGGAACCCCAUCUUUGGUCUGGCACCAAAGAGAGCUGACGACAAAAUGCCUUUCACCAGCAUCCUGUAUGCUAAUGGCCCUGGGUAUGUCCAUGUAAAUGGAACCAGAGGCAACAUCACAACGGUAGAUUACUAUGAUGAGGAGUACAUGCAGCAGGCUGCUGUCCCGUUGGAUGCUGAGACGCACGGUGGGGAGGACGUCGCCAUCUACGCCAAAGGCCCAAUGGCUCACCUCUUUCACGGGGUGAAGGAACAGAACUACGUGGCACACGUCAUGGCAUACGCUGCCUGCCUGGAGCCCUACACAAAGUGCCCCCCUCACCCCCACACCCACACCCACACCUCCGCUGGGUGUGUGAACACACGCUCCUGCUUCCUCUUUGGCUUGCUCAGCCUCCUCUGGUUGUUCAGAUGACCCAGUCACACAAAUACGUAGUAUGCAUGCAGCAAAUCCGCACACUUGAUGCCGAAAAAGCAUUCCUGUCGGCACACACACAUUUGUUGUAUGCACACAGGCUGGCAGGGAUAAACAUAUACGGCACCACACUGUAUGUGAGGAAUAAGAACUACUCACAUGGCCUCCUCCCUGGUCACUCAGCAGACAUCCAAAUUAAUGUAUGAACUGCCAUGUAUUGCUUUAACAUGCAUGCACUGUCCUUUUCCAAGUGCUUACUGACAGGCAGACAUUACAGGACACAUGCAAAGAUUGACAAUAAUUCUUUGGGACGUUUCUUUGAGAAACACUCGUAUAUUUCCUAUGCAGAGCCAUUAGCACUUUACUAGGGCUAUUUCCUACUUGCAACAUGACUACUAACUUAACUAGCUCUUUUAUUAGUUAGUGAUAUAUGCCAGCGCAUUCUGUUUGCUCCGAGUUGUGAUGAACUGUCCUUUUGUUUACACGAUAAUCUGAGGCUUUCCUCGAAAAAUAACUUGAAGCAAUCAAGCGGACCAAGCAAAGGGCUCAGUGAUCAGCCUGUGGACAGCUGUGAUCAGUAUAUGGCAGACGCAGAAACCUGAAUAAUGAGCCAACUUGCCAAGCCAAGCUGCAACACCAAAAGACCGUACAAGAACUCAAAGAUUCUCUCAGUACUGAGUUAAAGAGUCUAACUUCAAGAUAUCAAGAUACUGUACCUAUUUUAGGGGUAGCUUUUAAUAUUUUUUUUCCAAUUUGUACUAUUUGGCUUCAAAUAGUAAAUAUGUUUUCUGUCAUUUGAUACAGUAUGUAAUCUAUCUGGGUUAUAUUUGAAUGUAUUUUGUAAGCACAUGUAUUUUUAUACUGAUGUUUUUGCAAAUGUUACAUAUAAAUA